GGGUCCGGGCGGCGCCGGGCCCACCUGCCCGCCGACUGCCGUUUCCGGCGCGCGGGUGGCGGCCGCGGCCUAGUGACAGGCCGGAUGCCGGGACCCCGGAAGCCCACCUGUCAGAGUUGCUGGUCGGCCGGUGGUCGCGGAAAAACCAUUUUUCUUCUCUGGAGGGUGAACAUUUAUAGCAUCGAUUUCACGGAUCUGGUAACAUGGCAAAAGAUGCCGGUCUAAUUGAAGCCAACGGGGAACUCAAGGUCUUCAUAGACCAGAACCUUAGUCCUGGAAAAGGUGUGGUGUCCUUAGUGGCUGUUCAUCCCUCCACAGUGAACACGCUCGGGAAGCAGCUCUUGCCCAAAACGUUCGGACAGUCCAAUGUCAACAUCGCUCAGCAAGUGGUAAUUGGUACGCCUCAGAGACCUGCAGCGCCAAACACUAUCGUGGUAGGAAGCCCACACACCCCUAACACUCACUUUGUCUCCCAGAACCAGCCUUCAGACCCCUCACCUUGGUCUGCCGGGAAGCGUAGCAGGAAAGGGGAGAAGAACGGCAAGGGGCUGAGGCAUUUCUCCAUGAAGGUCUGCGAGAAGGUGCAGCGGAAGGGGACCACGUCCUACAACGAGGUGGCGGACGAGCUGGUGGCAGAGUUCAGCGCUGCCGACAACCACAUCUUGCCGAACGAGUCGGCUUACGACCAGAAGAACAUCAGACGGCGAGUCUACGACGCCCUGAACGUGCUGAUGGCCAUGAACAUCAUCUCCAAGGAGAAGAAGGAGAUCAAGUGGAUCGGUCUGCCCACCAACUCCGCCCAGGAGUGUCAGAACCUGGAGGUGGAGAGACAGAGAAGGCUGGAAAGAAUAAAGCAGAAACAGUCGCAGCUCCAAGAGCUUAUCCUGCAGCAAAUCGCCUUUAAGAACCUGGUGCAGAGGAACCGCCAGGCGGAGCAGCAGGCCAGCCGGCCGCCCCCCGCCAACUCCGUCAUCCACCUGCCCUUCAUCAUCGUGAACACCAGCAAGAAGACGGUCAUCGACUGCAGCAUUUCCAACGACAAGUUUGAGUACCUGUUUAAUUUUGACAACACGUUUGAAAUCCACGAUGACAUCGAGGUGCUGAAGCGCAUGGGCAUGGCCUGUGGGCUGGAGUCCGGGAGCUGCUCCGCCGACGACCUGAAGGUGGCGAGAAGUUUGGUGCCGAAGGCGCUGGAACCCUACGUGACAGAAAUGGCUCAGGGAUCACUCGGCGGUGUCUUUGUCACGUCGGCAGUUUCAACUGCCAAUGGCACAAGGCUCUCUGCCAGUGACCUGGCCAACGGCGUGGACGGGGCGCUGGCCACGAGCUCCAGCGGGUCGCAGUACAGCGGGUCCCGGGUGGAGACCCCCGUGUCGUACGCCGGGGAGGACGACGAGGAGGACGAGGACUUCAACGAGAACGAGGGGGAGGACUGAGCCCCCCCGGCUCCGGGGACACGUCUGGGAGGAGAACUUCGGUGAACGUGGGUCUUUCUGUUUCUUUUGUCCUCCUCCCAAGAAGAGCUCGCUGAGCCGCUGGGCUCGGCGUGCGCCACCGAUAAGCAACGCGCCGUUCUCUGCGGGGUCCUGAGGAGCUGCGCCGUGUUUGAUGCCGACGCACGGCCUCUAUUUACUCUUCUGGAUUUUGUGUUCUCGUUUGCUGUUUUUUAAGAUUCAGAGUUCAUUUCGCCCCUUCACAGUUCUUGCCGAGUUUGCUGGAGACGUUGUGCUGCGUCCACGCCGGGAGAGAGAAAGGCCCU